AGAAGAGGGGAGGAGUUGAUCUUGCGAGAAGUUCCGGGCGGGUAGCCGGUAAACAAAAUGUCAAGCACAUGUAGAAUUCUGGUUCGUUUACAAAAACAGCAUGAGAAACCUGUACUGGCAGAAUUCACCCAGUGUGUCCUGAGCUAUUUUGGACUGAAUGAUGGCAUUGGCAAACUUCAUGCUCAGCUCAGAGAUAAUUUCCUGACCCUCAGUGAUACAAAGCUGGUUGAAAAUGAUGAUGUCGUAGUCAAACAUCCAAACUUUUGUCCAGUAUACAAUUUGACUCCAGAGAUCAUAACAACAAUUGCUCCAGAAGUGAGAAAUCGUGGAAUUGAUGUGGGAGCAUGUAUGUUGUUAGAGUCAUCAGAUGGAAAAAUAUUACUCUCUCGUCGUGGUCUCCAUCUCCGAACAUUUCCAGGGCUCUGGACACCUCCAGGUGGUCAUGUUGAGGAUAGAGAAACUUUGUUAGAGGCAGGAUUGAGAGAGCUUAACGAAGAAGUAGGACUCUCAAUCACACCAAAGGACUGUAUCGAAGAAAAAAUUGAUCUGCUGGCACUGUGGGAGUCUGUGUACCCACCAAAGCUGUCUGUUGGACCACCAAAGCGCCAUCAUAUUGUUGUAUAUUUUCAUGCAAAACUGAGAAAAGAAUUGACUGCCAUUGCCAUGGAAGAAAGAACUAAGAUAGACCCAAAUGAAGUAUUAUCAUGUGCUUGGUUGAACAAAGACUUGGUCUCAGCUAUAGCACAAUCGUAUGACGAGGACCACAAUGAAGGGAUGAAGAUUGACCACCUGCCACCAACAUUUAGGGCUCUUACUCUAAAUGCAAACAAGGAGCAGUAUGUGGCGGAUCUCCAAACAGAACCACUGUUCUCCAUCCACAAGGACUCUGCUUCACAAAGCGACACUGAGAGGGUUAGCACCGGGACAAAGUUUGCCUUACAGCAGCUACUGAGCAUGUCAACCGCACAGAAAUGAAAGUAAUCUAUUUAUAGUAGUCUAGUUUAUGUUCAAUUCUUUCAGAUUUUAAAUUUUAUUCUAUGCACAGAUGUUCAUCUCUCCUCUUUGUUAUGUGGUCUUAUUUAAUCAUUUUUACGGUGACUAGAUGGAAACUAUUUCAAAAUUAAUGGUGGUACAGUGGAACUCAGUUUUAAUGAACUCGGAUUCAACGAAAACUCGAAUUCAACUAAAGGAGUUGGAUUCCCCAAAAUUUUUAUUCAUAAAAAUCAAUAAAAGUAAGUCGGAUUCAAUGAACACAUAAAUGAGCAAGCUCGGAUUUCAACGAAGUUGUUUGCAGGGCGAACUGCUUAUGCGACCAAUCAGUGGCCUCCUUUCAUACUUGUUAGCACACACCAAUGUCUUAACGCGUGUCACAUACAUGUGACGUGUGGCUGUGUGUGCAUGUGUUGUUGAUGUGUUAUUUUGUACAUCUUGAAGGCACAAACACACUAGAGAAUUCAACAUAUAUUGAUGUAUAGAACGAUAACACAUGUGCUAAGAUUCUGCAGCUAGGGAAGCCAUAUUUUUAUUCUCGUCGUUUUGUUAUCGUGGCCAGGUACAACAAAUUCGUGAUAUGCCUGUUAGGCUAAUAAUGGAUAUUAUUGUUACUAUGACAGAUUGCAUAUCAACAUCCUUUCAUUCCUUUUUUUUUUAAACAUUAAAGUUACCAAUCAUGUCAAUUUCCAGAUAACAAAAUGUAUCUUUUGUAUGCUACAAGUAUUCUUUACUUUAACUUACUGUUACCAUUAGUGUUAGUAUUUUAUGUUUUGUCUUUAUUUUAUGAAAAGCUGUUAAAUGUAUUUAUUUAUUUGUUAAAAAAAAAAAAGAAUAGGCAUAUUUCUCCUCUUUCUCUUUUCUUUCAAACAAGAAAAAAAAAUGAUAAUCAGUCGCACAUAACUCUCGAUUAAUUACCUUGAGUUACUACAUGGAAUAAACUCUUACUGAUUGCUAUUUUCAGUAUUAGACACAUUAAAUGUCAUCCAGGAUUGAAAAGACUACUAAUGAUUAAUUAAUUAACCCUAAAAUUAUUCAUGUGUGGUAUCUUAUGGUCAUCACAAAUAUCUUAAUACCAGUAAUUUAGUUAUAACAGUUUAGGACUGUCUUGUGCUUUGGGAAUCUUCAGUCCACUAAGUAAAAA